AUGUCUGCCCUUGACCCGGAGGAACCCUCGCAGCCAAGCCAACAAACAGGCUUGAACCAAGGUCAAAACCCCGCCUCGAAAACCUCAGAAGAACAGUCUACGUCAAAAGAUGCCUCUUCCGUCGAAUCCAAGACCAUCGACCACCGUCAGCCUCACGAUGUACCUCAGAAACAUGGCGACGAAGCGAACUUUGGCUCCAUGGCUGCAGGCGAACGGGGGCCAUUAACGGAGAAGUCACUUCCUGGCUCCGACGCGCAGAAUUACGCCCAGGGCGACAGCAAUUUAGAGGGCGAGCAGAUGCGCAUGCCCGGCGAAGGCGACGUCGCGGACGCUGUGAGAUCAGGUGGCGGGGGCGGGCAUGGAGAGGAACAGAGCCUGACGCAGAAUCUUGACAAGAAGGUCGCGGAGCAUGAGGCGGAGCUGCAUAAGAGAGGGGAGCGGACGGGGAAGGAGAUCGAGGAGGAAGAGAAGGAAGACUGGACGGGGAAGAAGGCCGAUAUUGCAAGUGCGCUGCACGAGGGUAGAGAGGGCCGCGAUGAAGCAAACAGGCCGGCGAUGGUGUUGGCGGCAGAGGAGUAA